AUGGACGCGGAGGACGCGAAGGCGUUCGAGACCGCGAUGAACGCGCUCGUCGACGCGGACGAGGAUCUCCGCUCGGAUCGCUCGUCGUCGUCGUCGCGAGAUGCAGACGCGUCAGACGACGCCGUCUCCUCCUCGCCGUCGUCGCCUCCGCCCGCCGCCGGCGGCGGCGUCGGCGUCGGCGCGACGUUCGCGCAGUGGGCGCGUCGACUCGACGACGCCGUCACGAACAGAAGCGGGCGUCGCACGCGCGCGGCCGCGGAGGCGCUCGAGCUGUUCGAUCAGAUCCGAAGAGCCCUCGGCGCGCCGUCUGACCUCCCGGCGUCGAUCGCUCGUAACGUCGCCGCGACCGCGGCGUCGCGCGGGAGCAUCGGGUGGUUGACGAGGAGCAUCGCGACGACGGCGGCAUCGGACGGAACGGACCGAUUCGAGGCGUUACUUCGUAUGAUACGAGAAGCAGAAGAAGAGGAAGAAGACGGCGCCGCGUCGUCGUUUACGUCGCCGCUGUCUGACCGCGACGGUCCCGCGUAUCUGUUGAUACCCGGCCUGUUCGGGAGGUACUACCCGUGCUACAUGUGGUCUAUUCGCGCGCACUUCAGACGGAGAGGCGCGACGUGUAAGAUUUCCACCGCCGCGGACGGCGAAGGCGCGGUCGAGAGCAACGCCGCGGCGUUGUGCCGAGAGAUUCUCUCUCUGCACGCCUCCGUCGGCGGCCGCGGCGUCGUGUUGAUCGGACACAGCAAGGGCGGGAUCGACGCCGCCGCCGCGCUGUCGCUCUACGAAAACAAACUCGCCGGCGUCGUCCACGGGCUCAUAACGACGCAGUGCCCGUACGGCGGGAGCCCGAUCGCGACGGACCUCCUCGCGACGCCGACGCUGACGGAUCUCACGUCGCGAGCGUUGGAGGUUUUAUUUCGCCGGCCGACGGGCGCCGGCGCGAAGACGCUGACGCCGAUCAAAGACCUGACGUACGCGCGCCGGACGUCGUUCCUGCGCAGGCACCCGAUGCCGCUGUCGUUCCCGUGCGUCAGCAUGCACAGCGAGACGACGUCGCGGAGCUCGUUUCUGUACCUCGCCGCGCUCUACGUUCGGAGGCGGUACGACGAGGCGAGCGACGGGCUCGUGGCGCGACGCGACGCGGAGAUACCCGGGUGCGUCGCCGUGCGGUUCCGCGGGGAGCAGGACCACGCGGACUGCGUGUUUCCGCGCGCGCUGUCGAACGCAGGCGGUGGUGGUGGUGGACCUGAUGGUGAAGAAGUGACGGCUACUUUGGAGGCGUUCAAUUUGGAAUACGCCGCCGCGCCGGAGACGGACGCCGCCGCCGUCGUCGCCACCGCGAUCGAGGAGGCGGGCGACAAAGGCAUGGUGCCGCUGUCCAUCGCGCGCAUGGCGCACCAGGUGGAGAAGAACACGAGGGACAACUUAGAGAACUUCGAAGCCAACGCGCCGCCGGGGAUAUUCGCGGUGUUAGUCAGAGCGUACGUCGCGUGGAACGACGCGCUGCCGGAGCGUCUGUCGGGGACGCCGGCUCCGGGGGAGGCGCGUUCUAUACACUGGUCCCCAUACGACCGCGUUCGCGUGGUGAACGCCGAUCCUUAA